AUCAAUACGGAGAGGAAGGCUUUAAGGGUGGUGCUCCAGGUGGCCCUGGUCCAUCACAACCUGAUGCCCAAGGUUACUACACUACUGGAAACUUCCAGGGUGCUCCUCAUGGUUUCCAUUAUACCUUCUCACGUGAUCCCAAUGAUAUGUUUGCCCAGUUCUUUAAGGAAAGUGUCCAUCGAACUAAUAGUUUUGGGGAAACACCAUUUGGUAACGAUACCUUUGCUGAGCUAUUCUCAGGUCUAGGUGGUGGUGGUGGAGCUGGUCGAGGCCAGCCUGGUAAUGAUGCAUCGAGCACUAUGGGCAAGAAGAGAGCUGUCGAAUUCGACCUCAACUGCUCACUAGAAGACUUGUUCCACGGCACUGUGAAGAAGAUGAAGGUACGCCGUGUAAGCCGAACUGUCCAACGACCUGAUGAGAAAACAUUAGAGGUGCCAAUCAAAGCUGGUUGGAAGCCUGGUACUCGUGUUACCUUUGCUGGGGAAGGGGAUGAGAUCGGCAAUUCUGGUAGAUGUCAAGAUAUCGUAUUCAUCAUUCGUGAGAAGAAACAUCCAAUGUUUACUAGGGAUGGCUCCAACUUACUCUUCAACGCUAGUAUAACUCUAAAAGAAGCUCUCUGUGGGUUUGAACUCCAUGUACCGUCUAUUGAGGGUGACAAGGCGAUUAGGGUUCGUAUCGAUCAAGUGGUGACACCAGGAUUCACUAGAGUGAUAAGAGGAGCUGGUAUGCCUAUAUCCAAACAACCUGGUCAACGUGGGGAUCUUGUUGUUACCUUUGAUAUCGUAUUCCCUAAGACCUUAUCAUCACAACAGAAAGAGAUACUCAGGAAGACACUGUAAUUCUCCCUAUAGAUAAUAAUAAUGAUUCCUGUU